UUGCUUUGCGGCUGUGAGUCACGCGCGCACUGCAGUUAUAAAAUACUAUUUAAAUAACUUGCAAUAAACGCUUAAUUACCAACAAUGGUGGAAACAGACUGGAGAGAAAUACUGAGUUUCUCACAGAAGGAGCUCACACAAUCAGAUAAGGAGAAAUUAUGUGAAAGCCUGUGCUGGAUGGAAGCAGAUGAUAUCGAACUGAAUUUUACUGACUUGAAAACUCUGUUUAGACUCUCGCAAGAUAUACUGAAGAUAAAGAGUGAACAGGUAAACAACCUAGUCGGCCAACUGAAGUCAAUUCAAAAGAAAAGCGGUAAAAUGAAAGUGGAUACCUCGUACACUGUAUCGCCAACACAAAGCAACGACAGUGCAGUCGAAACCAUAACACACCAAGAAGAGAUAAUAAAAGCAAAUAAAGAGAUAUUGGAACAGCUAUAUGCCGACAUCGCUGACUUGGAGUCCAGGAAGAGUAGACUCGAGGAAACUCGAAGCAAUCUUGAUAUGGAUAGUGAUUCCAGUCGAGAUGUACUGUCUGAAAUGAAUGCUGUGGCCGAACUAGAGCAAGAAGUUACCAUGAAGAACAAACACAUUAGGAAGCUACUAAGUGAUGUCAAAAUAUUAGAAGAAGAAAAUACUAAGUUGAAAGAAAAAGUGUCAAUUCUUAAGGAUAAGUUAACGGAAGCUACUCAGCUAAUUGAUAACUUAACGGAACAAAUAAUGGCUAUUAACAAUGAAUGCAGUCAGUUAAAAGAAAUCUUAGGCAAAUCAGAAAAGGCAAAAGCUAACCUAAUGUUUGAAAUGGAAGGAUUGAGAAAAGAGCUAUUCGAGAAGGAUUCUAAGAGGGAAAACAUCUAUGACGAAAUUAAAUCAAAAGUUCAACAUUGGAAGAGCAUUGCCAGAUCAAAGAAAGCUGAAUUAGAGGCAGUUACAAAUGAGAAUUUGAAAUUAAAAGAAGAUUUAAAGGAAGCUUCUAAAGUCUCGACGAUUUCAUCGCCUAAAAAAAAUGACGCAGAAAAACAAAAAAUCAAGGAACUACAAGACAAAUUACUGGAAGCUUCCAAUGAAAUUGAGCAAACGGCAAACCUCAUCAAUGUACUGAAAGCUGAGAAUAAACAACUUAAAGCUAUUAUAGAAGAUGUGCCAGAUUUUGCAGCUCCCGACGCUAAAAACAUUUCUGAUGAUAACAAAGAACGAGCAGUAAUCAAUAAAUUGAAAAAGAAAGUCAAGACUUUGACUGAAAGUCUUCAAAGUGCUGAAGAAAUGGUUGCGGUUAGAGAGAAAGAGUUGACAGAAAUUACAUCGCAACUGCAGCUUCUGCAAUCAGAUGAAGGAAUAAAUGCGUUACUCGAAGGAUUGAAGAACAAGAAACGACAAAUUAAAUUUAAAGAUGAAGGUAUAAAAACAUUAGUACAAGAAGCGAACACUUUAAACAAUCUGAUAAAUGACUUGCAACUUGAAAAUGAAACUCUGAGACAAAAGUUUAACGUACCCGCUGAAGAGAAUAUACCUACAGAAGGUAUUAUGAAGGAAUAUCGUACUUUACAAGAAACUAAUUCAGAAAUCAGUAAGGAGCUGAAGAGAUUGGAAAAUAAAGUUAUUGGACUUGAGCUCAAUAACCGUAAUUUGACUAUUAAAAUACGAAAAAUGACUAAUCUUCUUUGUAAUGCUGGAUAUAAGAAAGACAAAAUAGAUCAGAUUAUGGCAGACAGUGAAAGCGACGAUAGCACCCACGACGAUAAAGAAGCCAAAACAGAUGAUACAACACAAGAAGUGGAAAAUCCAUCAGGCGCUACAGAAAACCAAGAUCAGGAGAAUGAUAUGAUUGCAAUUAUUGAAGAAAAUAAAGGUCUCCGAAAAGGUCUUCAAGAAAUACUAGAAUUUUUGAAAGAUAACAGUAAAAGUUCUUCUGGUGUAUUGACACUGCAAUGUCCGAGCUUAGAAACAAUACUAUUGUCAAUGGAAGCAAGAAACUCUGCUGGAUGGUUUGCACCACAUAUGACUACAGUUAUGGAACUAAGAGCUGCCAUAGGUGGCAAAGAUGCACUUUUAACCGCCCUAAAUGAAGCCAGAAAAGAAACGUUUGAUAUGAUGACAAAAUUAUCAGAUGCGACUAAAAAAUCAUCAGAACUCGAAAAGAGGUUGAUUGAAAUGGAAGUUAAGAAUAAAGAAAAGGAGGCCGAAGAGAAACUUUCUCAACAAAUGAAUGCAGACGUUUGCGAAUUCGGUUCAUGGAUGUCAGAAAAAGAACAAAAUGACAUUGAUUUUUAUGAUAAGUCACAAAUUGUCAAAUUUGUCGAAAAGGGAAAUUCUUUGUAUGAAUAUCAAUUAAAAAAGGGUUUAGAAUACUUCCACAUGAAAUUCAAAGAGUUAUUUGAUAGACUAACAUCUAUGGCUAUUAAAGCCAGUGACGACCUCAAUAAAUGGUCUAUUCAAGAGGAACAAUAUAAAGCAGAAAUAGAAACUUUGAAAAAUCAGCUACAACAAGAAGAUGAAGAUCAUAGUGACCGUUCUCCUGGAGCUAUCCCUGCUCCUAAUAUGAAUGGUUGGCAAAGAAAAUGUACUUAUUUAGAAGAUUCAUACAAAUACAUACGGACCUUAAACGAAAAUAUGAAAAAUGAAAUUUUGGAGACUAGAAAAGAUGCAAUGGAAGCAUCGUCAGAUUACGAAACACAAAUUCAGAAGUUAAUGCUUUCGGUUGCAAAUUUAACGGAUAAGUUAAGAUAUUCCAUAUCUCUUGAACUGUUCUGGAAACAAAACUUGGCACUUACUGAAGUAAUUUCAAAAUACAGAAAGCUAGUGGAAGAAGGUUUUAGUAACCAAAACCAAAUGAUGAAUCUAUUUACUCGACUAGAUGAAGAUAAAAUCAAUAUUAUCAACUUUAUUCGCCUUGAAAUUAACCAACGCAACGGGCAACCGUCAGAAGAAAUGGCACAGAAAAUUGAGUCAAACAUAGAGCACAUGAUUUUGAAAAAACAAAUAGAACAACUUUGUACUGAGUUAGAUAAUAAAAACAAGAAAAUAGAAAACUUGGAACUUAAGAAUUCGGAGCUCCAAGAAGUACAAGUUAAAAACAUUGAUGAAACUUUGGCUUCUAUAACAAAACUAGAGGUCGAUUUGAUGAAGGAGCAACUGAAUAAAAUAUCUGAAGAUAAUAAAUCACUUAAAGAACAAUGCCAGCACAUGAGCAGUCAAUUAGACAUUGCGCUCUUACAGUUGCAAGACAGUCAACAGAGACAAAUGAGUCAUGAUAUGGAAAUUAACAUGCUACAGCACCAAGUCCUAGAUCUACAGUCUACUAGUGACAAUAAAGCCAUCAUUGCUAGACUAAGCGGUGAGAUCUUAGUAGCUCACCUUCAAGCGUCCGAGAGUCAUAAGAGAAUAGAGAGACUUCAUGCAGCUCUGAAUAAAGAAAGGGAAUUGAGAAUGGAAGCUGAAGAUAUGUUCAGAGCUCGCCAGAAAAUCUUUGAUGUUUAUGCCAUGAGAUACGAAUCGAAAUUCAAGUACAUAUACGAAAUUAUGCAAACACUACGACAACAAUACCAAGGAAGUAUUCCACUUAUAUCCCUCGAAAAAUAUCUGAAUAAAGUAGAAGAACUUUCCCGUAAAAACCAGGCUGUGGAUGAUAAGCUCUAUGAAAUAGAAGAUCUGCGAGCUAAUUUAAUUACUAAACAUAGCGUAUUCGAUCAAGUCUUGGAUAUAUCUAAAGAUAAAUGUCUGAUUGAAGAAGAUAGUUGUCCACACAAACUAAAGUAUAUUAUGAUGCAAUCGGUGAAUGCGCGGGAAUUAGAACAUAUCAACAAAAAAUUAAAAGCAUUAGAAUUAUCCCGUGAAGAAUUAAUCAAGCACUGCAAUAACUUGGAGAAGACUCUUGUCCUUGUGAAUCAAGGGUUCGAAAAGUCUGCAAUAAAUGAAAAACGUAAGAGCGUUGAUGACGAUUCUGAAGGCCAAUUAAUACAAUUGGAAUUGGAAGAUGUUCAAUCUGACGAGGAAUCGAGUUCUAGAAAAAGUCAAACCAUCACAUUGACGAAACCAGAAAUAUUGAAACCACAACAAAAAAGUGCCCCAGAUACUGACAAGGAAAAUAAGAAGUCAGAAUCGCCAGUCAAGACACCACAAAAGAAACGAAGUACCGAAUUUUCUAAUGCAUUUGUUCAAACUAUCCCCAUCGAGAUUAUUAAAGCUCACCGGAUUAUACAAACAGAUGAAACCAGUGAUACAUUAGAAGUUAUGUCUAAUCGUAUAGUCUCUCUCAAAGCAGACAUUGAUAAAACUACUAAACAAUUGUACGAAGCCAUGGGUUUAGCGCAAAAACGUACUCAAGAAAUUCUUACCCUAAACAACGAGAAAGUUGUAUAUGAAUCCACCAUACAAAACUUAAAACACUCUAACAAUGAGAAAGAUGCACUUAACGAGGAACUACGAGGCAUAAUUGGUGACUUGAAAAAACAACUCAAUGAUUAUCAAACGAAGCAGAUGACAGAAAUCCAUCAAAAGAGAGACAGCAAAAAUGAAGAGAAUAAAUCUUUAUUACUGGCCAUAAAACAAUUAGAAAAUGACAAAAAUGCGAUAAUGGUAGAAUAUAAAGAGUUACUGAACAACGAAAGAGAAGAGUAUGCAAAAUCUGUUAAAGAACUGCAUGUGAAGAUAAUGGAAUUGCAGUCUAAGCUAGACAGACGAGCCAGUGAAGCGAAUUCCUCCAACGGAGAAGCAUUGAAAGAAGUUGUUACUAAAUAUACGAUCAAAAUUGCGGAGUUAGAAGACAGGAGUUUUAGAUUACAAAGUGAAUUAGAGGAGUGCCAAUCUGAAUUAACAACGUAUCAAAGUGAAUCGGUUCGUUGGAAGGAAUUAGCAGCAGAAAGACUAACUAAGAUGGAGCAAUUGAAUUCUCAACUUGCAGAACGACACUCCCAUGAGGUAGAGUCAUAUAAAGCGGAAAAUGAGCACUGGUUGACCCAAAUAAACGAAAUGCAGAGGGAACACAUGGAUUUAAGGACAAGGCUCACUGAACAGAAAACUAUCUACCUGAAACAGUUGUCAGAAAAGGACACGCAAAUUGAACAGUUGCGCAUUAUUAUAAACAAUUUAAAGACACAAAUAAUGAACAUGCAAACUCUGAUCUCAGUCAACGACCCUAGUUUCGAUCUCUCUGCUAUAGUAGAGGUUGAUGAAACUAGCGAUGCGUUAUCCCAACAAGGCUCCGAGAGACUGGAACUCAAGUUUGAGUCAACGGUGGAUUUACACGACUCGCAUGAAGAUGUCGUUAGAAUACCAGCUUCUUCUACGACUAUUUGGCAAGAGCCAGUGAUAGAGCGUCUCCGCCGAGAAAAGCAGUUAGCAACCAAACAGAACGCAAUUCUUCGUCGGCAGAUCAAGGUGCUGGCUUCACGGGAGAGGCGAGCUCGAUUGGAUGCUCAAAACCUUAAGAAUCAAGUGUUUAGAAUAAGCACGACCGGCAACAAAGUGACGACGGCUGAAACAGCGGCGUUGCACAACAAGAUCGCGUCGCUCCAGGCUCAGCUGACGAGCGCGCGCAGAGAGCAUCACUCUAGCGUCGCGCUCUGGGACAAAUGGAAGAGAGCCCAACAGGCGGCAGACCGUUGGCAGUCACGCUACGAAGAUAAAUGCCAGGACGUCACUAAACUGGAGGCCGGCCUGAGCCUCGCCAAGUCUGCGGUGGCUCGCUUGGAGAAGGAGAAGAGAACGCUGCUCGCUAGACUUAAUGAAGCUAAACAUGACAGCCAACUAAUAGCAAUAGAGAAGCAAGAAGUGGAGACAGAGGAGAAGCCAGAACAAAGCGUCAAGGAGUACGGUUCGCAUUCCGACGCGCUGCCGGUGUCCACACAAGCGCUGUUGGAUCGAGUACAGGCUCAGCAGAGGAGAAUUGCUGCCUUGGAAAUUGCUGAGAAGGGUAACGAGCUCCUAGUGGCGGAAUACGAACGUGCACUAGCAGAGAUCACUUCCCUAAAGGGUCAAGUGUUAAAACUAGAAUCCACUCUACUGGAGGCGCAGAUUCGGAGCCCUCUCAAAUCCGCCGGGGACGCACAACCAGAGCUUAAUUACUGGAAGAGUUAUUGCGAGAUGUUGAAGGAAGAGAACGUGCAGUUGACUCAGAAGAUCAACACCAUGGAAACAUUACCGACCACAGCACAACAGCAUCGAGUCAAUGAUCUUGAACAAACUGUCCUUAGUUUGAGAGGCGUCAUCAACAAGUUGCAAGCGGAACAGAAGUCGGGAGGCAUUCAUAAGAAGAUCGACUCUCGACCUAGCAGCAGCCGCAGUAGUAAUACCGAGAAGGGUCGUACUCAAUUGGAGUCUCAUCGCAUAGAAGUGGCGAAUCUGAAGAGAACAAUUCACGACAAAGAUAUGUUGCUGGAGCGAUCCAAGGAAAUGCUGAAGAUUGCUGCUGAGAGAGAAGAUGAGUUGCUGAGAGAGAACGCUUACUUACAUCGGCAAAUAGAAGAGCUUACACGAUCUAGAGGUGGAUUUAUAUCAGCUUAACUAACUAACUAUUCUUUGUUUUAAGUGUUCAAUGUUCGUUAUGUAAGUGAUUAUGUGUUUGUGUGCAUAAAUAAAAACAAAAUUUACAA